ACGAAAUCUCGAGGGGGAGGGGGAGGAGGAGAUGUAGAAGUAGAAUUAUCUAUUGGAGCAGUGGUAGAGAAGAAAGCGAUGCGCAAGUGCAAAUACACCAACUCAGUAGAUCGAGUCAAGGCUCGGUCUUUCUCCCUUCUUUUUCUCUCUUCUCCUUCCCUUGCGAGUGAUUUGGCGCGGUUGUGUGAAGUUACGCCGCCGAAUCAGGCGCUGGAGCUUGCUUCUCUUGCUUUGUUCGUGUUCCAAUCUGUUUGCGCAAUGCUUCCUUGGUACUUGUUUUCUCUUUUUCCCCUUUGAUGUGAAACUCUCGAUUGAGUAGGAUUGUUGGUAAGUUGAUGUUUUUUCUUAGUUCCGUUGAUCUGUUUGCCCUGUUGACUUGGUGAUUUGUUUCUUUCCUUCUGAAUAGUUAGUCAGAAUGUUCUUCAAAGUAUAGCUGAGUUGAGUUUACUAACGAGCUCUGUUAGGGAAGUCUGGAAUAGGACUUGCAUGAAUGUGUUUAUGAGAAUUUUAGGUAAUAAGUGAAAGAUGGAAUUUCAUCCUAUGUGACUUUAGAUGCAUGAAUUUAGAUAGAUAACAUCUAGUUUUUUUCAUGGGUGGAUGUCACAAAGAUUGGUAGAAAACAAAAGUCAGAGACCGCUUAGAGUACAGAAUCCCUAUAUAUUGCCAGUUAGUUGAAAAGACUUUUAAACACAAGACUGUGUGGACAAAUGAAAAGGAGCAGUUGACCGCAAGUGUGAAGAUAGCUCUUUUAUCUCUGAAGUUACCCAAAAGACUCAAGGGAAAUAAGACUUUGCUGAUAAUUCUUAUUUGAUAGAUACUGCUGAAAUGAGUGUCACAGUACCAGAGGACAGUUCCAACUUUAUCAUAUUGGAAGGCACCAGCACGAAGCGUUGUAGGAAGAACAAAAAAAGACUAAAAAAUAAAUUCUCGAACACCAAUUCUGCUACUUCUUUAUCUGGGACUUCUGAAAUGGUCUCGGUUCCCAAGGGUGAUGAAGUGUCUCAUCCGAGCAAUCAAGCAGCAUUGAUGGAGAAAGAAACUGAUGCUAUGACUGAUGCCUUUGCUGAUUCUAAAAUGGAGGAGGUGAUCCCGCAAACAGAUUUUAUGCACAAAGCAGGAAGGAGAAGAAGACGUAGGAGGAAGAAAAGGAAACCUGACAACUCCCAGAAUGUUGACACCAUCAAGAACAAUGUGAUGUCCAACAUUGAUGUGGAAGAUACUGAUUCUAAUGUGUGUGCUAAUCAAGCUUCACGAAAUAAAACCACAGUCGAUGUAUCCUUAAACUUAUUAAAGAAAGAAGGCACCAGUUCUAUCCACGGUAGGAAGGGUAGGAAAAAAGAAAGAAGCACAAGCUGUGCAUCAGAUAAACAAGUCUGCACAGCUGGACCUUGCACCUCUCAUCCGUUUGCUGCAUCUGUCAAUGCUAAUGGUUCUAGUAGGAUAUCUGCAUCAGAUGAAUGUAAAAAGAGAAAUAUGGAGGUGAAAUGUGACAUAAAUGCAGAAGCAGCUAGCAAAGAAAUAGCACAGAAUACUGGAAAUUUGUUGGAUUACCCUGGCGAGGGUCAGCAGUGCUAUACCGCUGCUGAAGAAGGAAGCUUGCAAUUGCUUCCUGCUGGCAUGAAGGAAGGGUUGAGUGUACCUCCAUCACCAAUUAGAGGUGUGAUAGAGAAACUAAGCUCUCCAAAUUUACCUAUGAAGCAACAUAAUCAGUUGGGUUCAUGUAAUGAAGAAUGUGCUAGUUUCUCAUUCCAAAUGGAUAAUAAAGUUUUCAUGGAUGACCCAUCAAUGAACCACUCUGUGGAGGCUAUCCAAUCAAGAACUCGAAUUGGAUCAGAGAGGGUGAAAUUGGCUACUGACGAAAACAAUGCUGCAGACUAUAAACAUAAACAUACUGAUGCAUCCACUGGUCAGGAGAAGGAGUUUGCUCGUUCAUCGAUGAGUAAUGUCUCAAAAGAUGUUGUCUUGUUGAUGGCAGAAACAUCGCUUCGUUCCAGGAAAAAGCUACUUGUCCUUGAUUUGAAUGGAUUACUUGCUGAUAUCACUACCGAGUAUCAUGGAGCACAUAUGAGAGUUGCAGGAAAAUCAGUUUUCAAAAGGCCCUUCUGUGAUGAUUUUCUGAAGUUCUGUUUUGAGAGAUUUCAUGUAGGUGUCUGGUCCUCAAGAAAAAGUGAUAAUGUCAGAAAGGUGGUUGAUUAUCUCAUGGGAGACUUGAAACAUAAAUUGUUGUUUUGUUGGGACCAAUCAAAAUGCACUGAUACUGGGUAUAGAACCAUUGAGAACAUGCAUAAGCCACUGGUUCUUAAGGAACUAAAGAAAUUGUGGAACAAAGAGGAUCAUGAUCUUCCAUGGGAAAAGGGAGAAUACUCACCAUCAAACACAUUGCUUGUAGAUGAUUCUCCUUAUAAAGCCAUUUGCAACCCUCCACACACAGCUAUUUUUCCGUAUCCAUAUAGAUUCACCGAAAAGAAAGACAACUCCUUAGGGCCAGGAGGAAAUCUUCGUGUUUAUUUGGAAGGGUUGGCAGUGUGUCAUGAUGUUCAACUCUAUGUUCAAGAUCAUCCUUUUGGUCAGAAAGCAAUAGCAGACAGUAAUCCAUCAUGGAAAUUCUACCUUAGGAUAAUUGAUCGAAUUCAACAAUCUUCAUCUCUAACCUCCUGAAGGGGAUGUCUCAUAAAUAUACUUCUUAUGCUAUAGCUUAGAGGGCCUACGAGUGAAACGAUUAUCUUGUUCUUAGACAAUGGUCCCAGGCUAUUUUGCUUAAAUGACAACUUGUCUACUUGAGAAUUCUUCAGGUAUUUUGACUUUCAUUUGUUGUUUUUUAAAAUAAUAGAAGCCAUUUUUUAGGCUGUUCUUUGAUUUGUCGGUUGAGAAAAUUGUAACAUUGUCCACACUGUUGUAAAAACACAGUACGCGGCCGCAAGAUUGUAUCAGAUUAUGCAGUGCUACAGUGUUGUUUCGAUACUGUUAA